UGUGGUACGCAGGUUUGGGUAGCGUGCAUGGAAGUUUGAAAACGGUUAACUGAACGAUAAGUGCAAUGUGGAUAUCUGAGUAUUUCAAGAAUUCUGGAUAUCUCCGAAUCAGUUCAGAUCUAGUAGUACUAUGCCGACGAACUUCAUAAUCAUGCUAUAUAAGGGAGUAUCGUGAUCGUAGCGGAGGUGAGAAAAUGAAUUGAGUACGUAGACCGCAGCAAGCAGCAACUGGAGAACAGCAAUGGACCAUUCUGAUAUUAAGCUGGUGGAGAAAUUAAGAAGGGAAUAUCCAGAACAGUUUUAUACACUAGUGAGGAUGCAUCUGUCAUUCAUUCUGGAUCUUAAUACAGAUGAAUCUGAAGUUGCUCAUGAAAAGAACAAGUUCAAGCCGUCAAAAUGGGUGUCUGUUGCUUUCUCCAGAAAAGCAAAGUGUCCAUCAAAAGGUGUCAUGGAAGGUGCUCCUUUAACACAAGAAGGAAUUUGUCAAGUGUAUCAGCUUAUUGAAUUUCUAGGAAAAGAACAGAAUAUUAUUCAAGAAGGUAUAUUUCGCCGAAGUGGAAAAAUGACUCGUCAGAAUGAGCUGAAGAUGUUGAUGAACCAGGGAGUGCCUCUAAAGUUGGGAGAAGGGAACUUCUCUGUGCAUGACUGUGCUUCAGUAUUGAAGAACUUCCUGGCAGAAUUACCAGAGCCAUUGUUAACUGAUGCACAUUUUCCAGCGUACUACCAAAUAUCAGAUUUAUGUAAAGAGGUAGCAUCAGGACGUGGAAAUGAGAAACGUUUACUCAGAGCACUUCAGCUACUUCUUCUUCUGUUACCAGUUGAAAACCGUUUGCUUCUGAGAGAUCUGCUGCAGCUACUGCAUAAAACAGCUUGUCAUGAGGCUAAAAAUAAGAUGUCGGCAGACAACCUUGCAACACUGUUCACACCACAUCUUAUCUGCCCAAGAAAGCUGACACCAGAAGCUUUGCAUGACAAUUCUCAGAAAAUGUGUGGUGUAAUUGCUUUCAUGAUCAAGCAGGAAAAGAACUUGUUCAAUAUUCCACCAAAAUUGGCUACAGAUGUUCGUGCUUUCUGGAUUGAGCAUAAUAAAUCAAGAAUAACACCGAAGGUAUGUAGAGUAAGCACUGAUGGUUUAACAGCAAGUACAGUGUUCUCAUUUGUCGAUCGUGAACGCUCGGCAGAAGUUCAUAAACAGGUGGGAGAUCCUACUGAGGUAGCUCUGGCCCAACUCUAUGCCCACAUUCAGACACUGCCAGAGUCUCAACAGAAACGACGUCUUGUGAAACAGUUUAAUCGAGAAAAUGGUCAUGGUACACCGUUACGUUUCAAACCACACGGCCGAAGCCGUAGUUUGGGUGAUUCUAUUAAGAGACAUAUUUUCAAAGGUGGAACAAAGAUGGACAAGUGUGAGGAUUCUUUGGGGCGGCGGUGCAGUGUGGUUAGGUCUUUGAGUCAAGAAGACAUAAGUACACCAACAAGAACAGGCGAUCGUAUUAAAUUAUUCCAGGAACAUGGGAGUGGUGGAUUCACUCCCCUCUGUGAAUUCCCUACUUUGAGAAAAUCAUUGUGUGACUCUAAUUCAACUGUAGUACGCCUAAGAUACUCAAGGAAAACUGCCAAACCACUGUUGUUGAGACGGCGGCUGAUUUGUGUUGAUUCUGAGAAUAGCAUGUGUGAAGAAAACAGUGUUAUGCUGAAGUCACUUAGGCAUAAUAACUGUGACUCUAGUAGUGGAUCCCAUUCCAGCAAAUGGGAUGGCUUACAUAAAAAUUCAGUGAGCAAUAAGUCUCAAAUGAAUAUUGCUUUUAGUUCAGUGCAGUGCCAACAAUCUACUGUUGAUACUCAUAAUGAAUUAUUAGUAAAUGAUUACUGUGACAGACAUCUUAUAAAUGGUAACAUUCCCCUUACAGUUAGAAAUAUGAAAUUAAUUGGUGUACCUGAAAGCCUGAGUAAUGGGAGAUUGUUUCAUGCAAAGUCUGUGACUUUUGAAGCAGAAGGUGAUCACAGUAAUUCCCCUGCCUUCCAUGUCAACCUUCAUUCAGCCUAUCCAGUGGCAGCACCUUUACAUAACUCAAGUGAUAGAAAUUGCAGUGUAUGGUUAAGUGAAUUGGACACAGAACGUACACAAGCUUUACAAAGAGACCAGUCUCCUUCUGUUCUUCCAUCUACCCCAAUCUGGGCUGCAAGUACACCUGCCCUGCAGGUCAUCAGCUUAAACCAAAGCAGCUCCAUAUCACCCAUCACCCGGUCUACUCAGAAAAUGCCUAAAGCUAUGCAGGAAACAAUGAUGACUCCAAGAAGCAGAAAACCAGUUGUUGUUCUAUCUGGAUCUAAUCUCUGCCAUCUUACAAGUAUUAAUAAUAUGGACACUCCAGAUGAUGCUAAUAGGAUGCCUUCACCCAUUGGUGGGAGCCGUGCCAUUAAAGCAUUUGUGAACGGUGACUGUGUGGGCACAGAAAUACACACACCUAUAAAACCUGCUGGUGCUUUUUGCACUAUAAGUGAUUGUGAUAAAGAAAAUAGCUUUUCAAGAAAAAUAGUCCUGGAAAAUGAAAACAGUAUUUUCAACAUGUACACCGAUGGCCAUGAAGCUGAUAGUUGCAAUGGCGGUUCCCUGAGCAGCCCGUUUAAAUCAUAUCUGUCAAGUCGUAGUGUCCUUACAGCUUCUCCAAUUGACUUGAGUUUUAUAAGCCGUGGGAGUGAUUUGGACUCUUCUGUAGAAGAACAUAGGAUUCUGCAAAGUGUUGAGAACAAUCUGAGUGAAUCAUUAUUGUUUUGCCUAAAUGGAGGUCAACCAUCUUCUCUUGAUGAUGAUAGUGUGGAAAAUAGCAGGUUUGCAGCAGACAAACUGUGUGCUGUUCAAGUAGCUACCUCUGUACCUGUUAAAGAUGUGGGGACUGAGUCUUCUACAUUUUGCAAGAACUUUCUGCAAGAAACAUCAUUAUGAUGUUGAUCAGGUAUUUUUACGUAAUCAUCAUAAAUACGUACUGAGGCCAGUAUUGACAUAAUGUUGAUAGUUCAACAUUAACUGUAUUUGUCCUAAAUGUGAUAUGGAAUACCAAAAACUUGUAACAAUAGUAUUUACAACCAAGUACAAGAACUAACUUGUAAUGUUUCUAUGACACUGUAGAAAAAGUUCACUGGAAUCAGGCCAAAGUAAGACUGUUACUUCAAAAGUUGUCAAACAGAAGCUUCAAACUGUCUUGCAGCUUUCGUAGUGACAUUAAAUAUUUAAGCAUUCUUAGAUGUUUUCAUAUACCUUCUAAAUGUCACAUUAUUUCAAAUGUUUGGAGAAAACUUACUUUUCUUAGGUUCUUUAAAGAACUUUGUGCUUAUCAAAAAUUAAGAUUGUAAAUUUUAAAACAGAUGUAAACAUAUUGUAAUAUAGAUUCUUACAUUAAUUUAUAUUUCAUUCAAACUGAAAUGUUCAUCUAGUUAUAAUGAGUUAAUGCUCCUUUCUGUUUUGUUUAUUGCAUUUUACUUUCAUGAUGUAUAGUACAAGAAACUGUAAGUGCCAUGUACAAAAAGAAAUAUAUUAACUUUCACCUAUUUUGGUGCUGU